UCAGAGAAGCAGAGCAAGCCCCAGCCAACCUCACCUCACCAACUCCACAAAUCCUCUGACUGAAAUCCUCUGAGUCUUCACCCAAAAGGAUCUCAGCUGAACUGCUUUAGUUCCUGUUUCCUCACAUCUUAUAUCAUCUUAUAUACCUUUCUCCGCCCAGCCAUGUCACUUCCUGGGAUUAAAGGCUUGUGUGUUUCCCAGUACUGUGAUUAAAGGUGUGUGCCACCACUGCCUGGCUCUGUUCCCAGUGUGGUCUUGAACUCAGAGAUCCAAAUGGAUCUCUGCCUCAUGAGUGCUAGGAUUAAAGGUGUGUGCCACCACUGCCUGAUCUCUAUGUCUAAUCUAGUGGCUGGUUCUGUCCUCUGAUCUCAGGCAAGUUUAUUAGGGUAUACAAUAUAUCACCACACAGCUGAAUCACCUUCCACCUACUCAUGAUAAUCAAAGCCCUAAAGAAAACAUGUGAGAUCAUGUUCUUGUCAGAUCACAAGCAGAAAUUGAUGUAAUCCUAUUUAAAUUAAAAACACUAAAAAAUAAUAGAGAAUUUUACCUAACAACAACAAAAACAUCUAUGGCCAAUGGAAAAUCAGUGAGUUGAGCAGUUUUUCCAGGUUGCUGCAUGCACAUUUGUGUCACGGGGAUUGAGAGAAGAGGAAGCUUGGGGUCUCCUGGGUUGGGGGCAGUACACUGGGAGGCCAAGGCACCUGAAAUUCAGAGAGGAGGAGAUUUCACCAAGAAAGCUGUAGAGAUCUGCAGAGGGUCUCACUCCUUGUGCUCACAGACUGUCAGUCAGCGUAUGCAGGUAAAAAGACUGCCCAAAGACAGAGCAAACAAGGGAUCACAGGGUUAGACUGUGAUCACAGGAAAGACUGGGGGAAACUUCUCAGAGGCCACACUGACCAGCUAUAGAUCCUGGUGCCCCAGCCAGACUCACUGCGGCUCUGGUCCUCCCCUAACAGAAGUCAAACACAAAACUCCAGAGAGUCAAAGGAAAAAUACUCCAGAGGAUCAAGUGAUUAAUUAAUUUCAUUUCAGAAGUAAAAAAAGAUUAAAAAUUUAUUUAUUAUUUAUUUAUUAAAAAUCCAGAAAUAGAUGUGGAAUAGGAAGAUGAUAGCAGCUGCCAGCACCCGUGGCCUUAUGGGAAGAAGCUUUUAAAAGUGGUUUCAUGGAAUUGGGAAAAAAAAUGGCAGAAUGGAGUGGUGCAUUCAGCUGAGGGAAGCAGAACUGGAGAUACCAUGGUGGGAGUGCCACCCACUAACUAGGCUGGUGCCACCACUGGGCCCACAUGCCUGGGCCCGAGGCAUGGAGCCACAGCUGCUGCUGCUCUCCUUGCAGUGGGGAGGAGAACACAGGGCCACAGUGCUGUGGUGGGCUGCAAGCACAAUGGCCAUGCCCAGGAUACCAGCAGGGCAGCCAAUGCCAAGGGCAGGGUGGUGUGCAGCAACCUGGAGCCCUGACAUGUCCUGUCCCGGGCAUGCUGCCCAACCCCAUGAUCACCCAGACUCUGAGCAACGACAAGAUAUUGGAGAGAAAGAAUGGUUCACUUUCUGGAUUAAGUCUCUUCAAAAGAUUUCCAUGGUCCAUGUUGCUGCUGAAAGCCAUGAUGAGGCCACGUUGAGGUCUGUGAUUCAUGCUGCCACCAAAAGCCACGUGGAAAUCCAUGAUCCGAGCUGCCACCAGCUACAAUGGGCAAGGAAGCUUCUUUUGCAGUAGUAUUGAUGACCACAGAUUCCUAACUAAUAAUGAGAGACAUUGGAGGCGUGGUGGUGUAAAUAGGAAUGGCCCCCAUAAACUCAUGUGUUUAAAUGUUUGACCCAUAGAAAGUGGCACUAUUAGGAGGUGGGGCCUUGCUGAAGGAAGUGUAUCACUGUGGGGGCGGGCUUUGAGGUCUCAUGUGCUCAAGCUACACCCAGUGUGGCACAUAGUCUCCUUCUGCUGCCUGUGGAUCAAAAUGUAGAACUCUCAGCUUCUUCUCCAGCACCAUGUCUGCCUGCACACCUUCAUGUCCCACCAUGAUGAUAAUGGAUUAAACCUCUGACCUAUAAGCUGCCACCUCAAUUAAAUGUUUUCCUUUAUAAGAGUUGCCAUGGUCCUGGUGACUCUUCACAGAAAUGGAAACCCUAACUAAGACACUUACACAACUGAAUUAAUGUAAUAAAAUUCAAAUGUCUGACAUCCAGUACAAAAUUACCCAGAACAGAGAAAGUUGAUACAGUCUAUAAUGAGAAUAAUCACUCAUCUGGAAUGACUGAAAAAGUAGACAGAUGAUGGGGUGAAUGUAUAGAGACAGCACAGAGAAAUUGCGUCCACACCCUGCAUGUUUAAGAAGCAGCAGGAAAGACUGAGAACAUUAGAGGUAAGUGUGAGCAGCAUCUGUGUCAGUUGGGGUUUCUAUAGCUAUGAUAAAACAUCAUAAUCGCCGGGCGGUGGUGGCGCACGCCUUUAGUCCCAGCACUCGGGAGGCAGAGCCAGGCGGAUCUCUGUGAGUUCGAGGCCAGCCUGGGCUAACAAGUGAGUCCCAGGAAAGGCACAAAGCUACACAGAGAAACCCUGUCUCGAAAAACCAAAAAAAAAAAAAUCAUAAUCAAGGCAACUUAGGAAAGAAAGUGUUUAAUUGGCUUAUGGUUUCAGAGGGCUGGAGUCCAUGAUGAUAGAGCAAAGACAAGAUUGCAGGGACAGCUGAAAGCUCACAUCUUGAUCCACACACAGGAAGCAGAGAGAGAACAUUGGUAAUGGCUUGAACCUUUUGAAACCUCAAAGCCCAACCCUAGUGACACACCUCCUCCAAUAAGGACACACCUCCUAAUCCUUCCCAAACAGUUCCACCAACUGGGGACCAAGCAUUCAAACAUAUAAGCCUAUGGAGGCCAUUCUCAUUCAAACUACCACAGCAUCCAAGACCUACAUGUUUGGAGGUGAAAACUACAGAGUGUUAGAUGGAAAAUUCACUAAGAUGAAGGAUAGAUGACAUCACAGGAGAAAAAAAAUUAUGCUAUGUUUGGUGGAUAUCCCUGAGAGGCCUGCUCUUUUCUGAAGGAAAAUGGAGGAGGAGUGGAUCUGGGGGAGAAGGAAUGAGGGGGUGACUGGGAGGAGUGGUGGGAGGGGAAACUGUAGUCGGGAUGCAUUGAAAACAGUAGAUAAGUAGGUAGGUAGAAAGAUAGAUGAUAGAUAGAUAGAUAGAUGAUAGAUAGAUAGAUAGAUAGAUAGAUAGAUAGAUAGAUAGAUAGAUAGAUAGGCUUGGUGGCCUGGUGACUAAAAAAAUGAAAAACCUUAACAAUGAGUAGAGCACCAGUAAACUGUGGAACAAUGUUAAGUGGCUUAACAUGGGUCUAAUAUGUCUUCAAAGAGAAAAAGUACUUGAGAAAAUGAUACCCAAAAAUAUGAUUGAAAUUAUAGCCUCAUGGAUCCCAAUAAAACUCAAUGGGAAAUUCACAUGAUUGUUUUGGCUAUCCUGUUUUUUUGUGUUUCCAUAUAAAGUUUAAGAUUAUGCAAUUACAUUGGAAUUUUGAUGGAGCUAUUAUUAAACUUGUAAUCUGCUUUUGGUAAGAUGGCCAUUUUCAUAGUUCUAAUCCUACCUCUCCAUAAACAUGGGAGGUAUUUUCAUCUUCUGGUGUCUUCUUCAAUUUCUUUCUUCAGUGUCUUAGAGUUUUCAUUGUAUAAGUCUUUCAUUUCUUUGGUUAUAUUUGUGUGUAACGUGCUCCAGUGGAUGGCCACACACCUAAGAGAACAUAGGCAGCAGUAAUGGGACUCAGUGGGCUUUUAAAAAAUGACACAAAGUUUGGUGAGUAGGAAAUGGGGGGAUAGGUCUGGGAGGAGAUGGAGGAGGGAUUAUUAAGAUCAAAAUACAAUGUAUGAAAUUCUCAAAGAAUUAAUAAAAACAUAAGAAAGAAAAAAUACACAUGGAGAAAAGCAUGAAAAGAUCUACCACAGGCAAACUGCUUAAAGCCUGUGAUCUUCUUAAAAUAACUGAGAGGGGGAGAGAGAGAGAGAAGGAGAGAGAUUGAUUACUUUCAGAAGACAAAAGGCAAGUGACAAGUGGUUUUUCCUCCAUAACAGAAGACCAUUAUGCAGUGUUUCUAAGGUUCUGAACAGUAUGGGGGGAAGAAACAAUGUUGAACAAGAAUCUUUUAAAAUGGAAGUGCAUGGAUAUGAGGCUGUGUGUGUACAUAUGUGUGUGUGUGAACACAUGUGGAGGACAGACAACUUCAGGCGUCACCCUUAGGAACACUAUCUGCUUCCUUUGAGACGGGGCCUCUCACUGGCCAGGAACCCACCAUUUAGGCUAGGCUGGAUGGCUAGCAAGGGAUAUUCUGUUCUCCACCUCUCCAGUACUAGGAUUAUAAGCAUGGGCCAUCACAUCCACCAUUUUUACAUGGGAUCUAUGGAUUGAACUCCUAAUUGUAAGGCAAGAGCUUUAUUAAAUAAGUAGACUUCUCUUCUCAAAGCUUUCACACUAGAGUCUUAUAUUUCUAUGGAAUAUAGUUCAAAACUGAAGCAAAUAGUAAAUUUUGAAGACAUUCAAAAGCUGAAAGACAUUGGCAUAAACAUGAUGUGUUGGUUUGAACAAGAAUAAGCCCCAUGGGAUCAUGCAUUUAAAUGCCUGGUCCUCAGUUGGUGGAACUGUUUGGGAAAGAUUAGGAGGUGUGGCCUUGAGGGAGCAGGUAUGGCCUUGUUGGAGAUGGUAUGUCACUGGGUCUAUUAGUCAGGGUUCUCUACAGGAAUACACACACACACACACACACACACACACACACACACACACACACACACACACGGAAAGGGGAUUUAUUAAAGUAGUUUACAGUCUAUGGUCCUGCCAGACCAACAACGACUGUCUACCAAUAGAAGGUCCAAGAAUCCUAUAGCUGUUCAAUCCAGGAGAAUGGGUGUCUCAGGCAGUCUUCAGUACAUGCCAGAAUCCUGAAAAUGUAGGGUUUAAUGUCAGUAAAGGAAUGGACUUGCUAGGCAGAGGAAGAGCAAGCAGGCAAACAGAAAGAAUUUUCUUCUUCCAUGUCCUUUACAUAGGCUGCCAGCAGAAGGUGUGGCCCAAAUUAAAGGUGGAUCUUCCCAUCUCAAAAGAUCCAGAUUAAAAGCAGGUCUUCCCACUUCAAGUAAUUUAACUAAGAAAACAUCCUUCACUGGUAUACCCAGACACUUGGGUUUUAGGUAACUCCAGAUGUAGUCAAAUUGACAACCAAGAAUAGCCACCACACUGGAGGUGAACUUGGAAGUUUCAAAAGUCCAUGCCAAGCCCAGGGUCUUAUUCUGUUUUCUACCUGCAUUCUUCACGCUCCCCGCCAUGAUGAUAAUGAAUUAAGCCUCUCCAGUGUAUGCCUGUCUGCUUCCCACCAUGAUGGUCAUGGACUCAUCCACUGAAACUGUAAGAAAGCCUCCAAUCAGAUGUUUUCUUCUAUAAAUUUUUGGUCAUGGUGUCUCCUCACAGUAAUAGAACAGUAACUCAGACAUAUACCUUGACGGUAACUAAGAUACAUACUUUGCUCCAAUUAUCUGAAAGCCAAAACCACAUAACUGAAAAAAAAAUAAAGCACUAUGAAUCAGGAAAAUUAGCGUUUGUAACAAGUGAAAAUGAAAAUAUAUAAAAAAUUGAGUGCUCUGAUGAAAAGCAGUCUUUAGUUAAAAAGAUUCAUAGCACUAAAAUACUUAAAUUAGAAAAGAAAAAAGGUCUCCUGUUAAUUACUCCUGCUCUUGCCUGAAGAACUAGAUAAAGAUGAAUAAGUUAAAUACAAAGAAAAGGAAAAAACAUUAAAGCUAAGAAAAUCACUGAGAUGGAGCAGGAACAAGCAAUGAUAGUAAAAGCUGAUGUUGAUUUUUCAUUGUUUUGAAAAUUUAUUUUAUGUCUAUGGGUCUUUUGCCAGCAUGUAUGUAUGUCUGUACACCAUUUGCAUUCCUAGUGCCCACAGAGGCCAGGAGAGGGUAUCAGAUCUCCUGGAACCGGAGUUAUAGACAGCUAUGAGCUGCUAUGUGGGUGCUGGGAAUCAAACCUGGGUCCUCUGGAAGAGCAGCUGGUGCUCUGAACCACUGAGCCAUCUCUCCAGCACCUGGUGUUUUUAUUUUGAGGAGACAGAUAAUAUUGACAACCCCCUAGCUGGACAGAUAAGGAAUAAAGGUAGAAGAUGCUAACUCCCAGUCUCAGGAAUAUGAAGGGUGACACCACUGUAGAGUCUACAGAUACAAACAGGAGAAUGUUAAGAGCAACCUUAAUCUCAUAAAUUAAGGCUUAGGUAAAGUGGACAGACUCGCUGAAAGACACUCAGUACUGAAGUUUAUUUGGAAACAUUAGAUCACCUGAGUAGUCACAAAUACUUUCUGUUUUGUUCUUUCUUUGUUUUGAGACAGUCCCUCUAUGCAUCCCUGGCUGGCCUGGAACUCACCGUGCAGACCCUGUUGACCUCCAGCUCACAGAGAUCCACCUGCCUCUACCUCUUGAGUCCUGGAACUAAUGGCCUGUGCCACCACACCCAGCAUAAAUUUUUAAAAUUUGAAUGCAUAGUUAAAACACUUCCACAGCCUGAACUCUAGACCUGUAUGGUUAGCUCGUGAACUCCACAAAUCAAAUAAGAAAGAAAUAAACACUGCAAAGUAUGCAUAAGCUCUCCUAGAAAACUUAAGAACACAUAGUUCUCAAUUCAGUCUGUCAGCCUAGCACUGGUCUAAUACAAAACCAAGAAGCUACAUUAUAGAUAAAGAGAGUUACAGGUUCAUAUCCCUUGUAAACACACUGAGAAACUCUUAGCAGAAUUUUCACAAAUGGGAUCAUAGUGUAUAAGUAGAAGUUAGUCCACCAUGACUAAGCAGUAGACAAAGAGAAACUAUGUUGGGAGACAAACAAGUGUGCCAGAAUAGAUGGAAGUGGGCUUCAGAGAGGUGUGAUUCGAGGCUCCAGCCUCUGGGUGACCUCAGACGGGUGGGGAGCAGGAGGAGGAAAAGGGAAGAGGAAACGGAAAAAGAGGAUGAAGAGGAGGGGAAAGGAGAGGAGGGGAGGAGAGGUCAGAACGGGGAGGGAAAAUAAGAGAGAAGGGAGAAGGAGGAGGAAAGGGAGGGGAGAGGAGAGUUUUCUCCAUUUCCUAAACACACUAUGUUCAGGGUGUUAAUCUCAUCUCGGUUCAUAGCUUAUGAUUUUCACUGAGUCUUAGGAAUCCUUACCAGAUAAUUAGCCAAGACCAGCCAGUUAGAUGGUACUGCAGCUCACUGUUGGCCCAUGCCCCUCAUCCACAAGGCAAUCAUUAUUGUGGCAAUCAUUAUUCUGCAACAGUUAAUGAGGCCAGCCAACUGCUAUUCUCUCUUGAAAUUACAGUAGGACUCAAGGGGGCAUUCGGGAGUCUUCAAACUGGGUCAGAGGAGGGAUGUCUAUCUGUCCAGCCUUUUGAACACUUGGUUCCCAUGGCCAUCCUUGCAGACAUUCUGAAGUCUCAAAGGGAAGAAAUUUCAGUCCCUGAUGGAAACUUCCAAAGGAUGCCCAGCUCUCCAGUUCCAGGAGCCAAGCCUGAAAUGUCUUAGGGGCAUUAGACUUCCUGGCUGCAUCUUUCAUCCAACCCAGAGGCCCUGUGCUGUGUUUGCUGGCAUGGGCAAGUAAUCCCCAGGGCUUCUCAGGGGCUGGAACUUCACUCUCCAAUCUCAUCUGACAAAAGAGCACCCCUGGGUCUGCCCACUGGAGCCCUGCCCUGCACACUUAGGAGAACAGUGGACCUCUCCUGUAGAGCGUCAGUGCGAGCAGAGCAGGAUGGACGGCUUCCUCUUGUGACCCACAGAACCCAGAGAGAAGAGGCAGCUGCUGUCACAGGGACGAAGGAAGCUGCUCAGACAGAGCAGGCUGGUCACUGAAGGUGACUGAAGGCAAGGGCGGGGGGUUGCGAGGGAGGCAGUGCUGGGCGAAGAUCCUUUCCUCUCUACCAGAAACUCAGAGCCUGGGAAGGAUCAGGGGACACUGGCAGGUGGGGGGUGGAGAGCGAAUGUGAGCAGGGUGCUUUCCUGGCAAGAGGGCUUGAGGUUAUUGCCCGUUCAUCACCUUUGCAAGAGGCAGGAAAGCACAGUGGUUAAGCCACUUAUGCUGUUCAAGACUCAGGGGUUAGUCCCAGUCCUGGCACUUUGUAGAAGGCAGAGCAGAACUCAGUUAACUAAGAGAAUCCUAAUGCCGAGAUAGGUCUGUCUGAUUCACUACCAUUGCCCGGGAGAGGACUAACUCCUACAUAUCUUUCCCUAAGUGGACUCAGUCUUGAACCCACGAUCUCUCCAAGCCCUUAACAGGUGCCUCAUUUUUGCUAGAUGCUGUGGAACAAUCUAAAAGAGACAUAGUACAUAGUGUCACCCCACAGCCUGGUUGGAAAGACAGUACACACAUGAAAUAAAGAAGGCUGGACCAGUCAGGUAAGGUUCAGGAGACCCCAAGGAGACUAUGCAGGGCACAAGAUCUGGGGAAACACAAAGAACCAGGGAAAGUGCCAGCAGAGGCACCGUGGGAAAGGGUGAAGAGAAAAAGAACUAAGACAGCCAGCUAUCAAAAGUCCCAAAUCUCUAGCUGUCCAGACAGGAUCCCAGUGCUGGUCAUCUUGUUAACAUCCUGACUCAGGGGUCUCCCUGGACUGCUGGAGAGUCGUACCAACUUAAGAACCACUCAGAGCCACUGAACAAGGUCCUGAGCUCCAUCAGAGAGACACAAGAAAGGGUAUGCUAAGUGACAGUGCAUCUGCUGGGGUGUGGAAGAGGCCAGUGGGAGGUGUCUGAGAUGGUUCAGGUCUGGAGUGUGGCUCAGCUGGAAAGGGGAUUCAGGCAUCUUCACAUUCCCUGCCCUACUGUGGAUGUCAAGGUGGUCAUUUGCUCUGAUUAAACCAAUUCUUGUUUCCUGAAAGUCUCCCCUCUCACGGCCCAAGGCUUUGAGCUAGGCUAGGCCACCUCUUACCUUCACACACUUUCCCUACCUGGGACAUUUUUCUCCUUUAUCCAACUCCUCACACUCCUUGAAGCUCAGAACACGUGUCUCACGUAUCUUCUUUUGCAUGUUUAGUCAUCUACGCCUGUCUGCUCCACCUCCACCAUCAUCCCGUGUCCACCAGUCCUCACCAUUGUGUAUGCAGAUCUGCCCUUCCAAGACUUAGAUAUGCAGGCAUGCCUCUGUAGCUCCUCUCCCUGCUCCUCCAUCUACCCAACAUCAUGUUAUCUAAGCUGUCAUGAUUUAUUGAUGACCUUCUGUAAAUCCGAUAUAUGUCAUGGAGUUUCCACUAUGGAAGAGAUAAUACCAUUUAAUAGAUGAAAAGCAAAGGAUCUGAGUAGCUCGGUGAGUCAGAAGGUGAUAAAGAGGCUGUCAGGUCUGCAGAAGUCUUGCUGGUACAGUGGCUAGCAUGGCUGCCUUCCCAGAGGCUACCAGAUUCAAGUGUGUUGACCCUAAGUCCACAUGCUAGGUACCCACCAGUGCUCUGGGCUCACUUCUCAAACUCCUAGAACAAAUCCCUGCCCACACAACCCUGCCCAUCUCAGCCCUUCCCUGGUGCUCAGGGCACUGGUAUGUUUCCAGGUCUCUAGCUUGAUAUCAAAGACAACCAAGCUGAAGGAAGCAUCAUAUUUAAUACCUUCAGUUUCAAUAGUGGUUCUGUGAAGCUCAGAGAUGGGUGUGGAGUCACCCAAGAUCACACAGCACAGGGGGGCAAAGCCAGGAGUAGCCACCUCACUUCUGAUUUCUGAGCGUGUUUCUCUUAUACUAACUCCUUUUAUUUGUCUCACUUUAUAUUCUACAAAAUGUCUCAACACCAUAUCCCGCAUGCAACUCGCUAUAAAUCUGUGCUGCAAAUGCUUCAUCUCCGAUUACCAGUUGUGGAGACUGAGACCAACGGAGGGAUUGGCCCAAGGUCACAUUGCUGGGUAAGUGACUACCACUGGGCCACUCAGGAGAAUCUGAUUAAAUGCUUGGUCAUGGGAAGGCAACAGAAAACCUCACAUAUCCAAGUUAGGAAACAAAGCCUGGAUGGGCCUCAGGGAAGCUGGGAGCAGCAAGACAGAACCCAGGAUCACUGCCUCAGAUGCACAGGCUGUGAGGUCCCUGUCCUGUGCUAGUCAAAUAUGUCUUGUCUUUUCCAUUUUAAGCCAUAAUAUUUAUUAGGCAAAUACAAUGUUGUCAUACCAAGAUCGUAAUAUAAUGGCUUCAGUUAAAAGCAUUUAUUUUAUUUAUUUUAUUUUUUGAGACAGGCUCUCAUGCAGCCCAGGCUAGCCUUCAAUUCACUAUGUAGCUGAGGAUGACCUUGAACUUCUGGUGCUUCUGUCUCCAUCUCCUGAUUCUGGGAUUACAGGUAUGUGCCACCAUGCCAGGUUUAUGGGUGCUAUUGCGCCUAGUGCAUGUUAGAGAAGCACUCCCCAACUGAACUACAUACCCAGCCCCAAGUAUAUUUCUAAUAUGCUAUAAAACAUUUACAUCAUCAAACACAAUUGUAGUGAUUUUGUCUUGAGUUAAUUUGCCUAAUAUUUUUAAUCUAUUGAUAGGAUCAUCUAUAACCUAGUCAAUAAAUAUAUGAGUUUCUAAAUUAAUAUAUUUUACCUGGAUUUGGCUAUAACUUAAAGCCAGUAGCAAACUUUCAUUUGUUAACCUGUCUGUUUUUAUCAGCUUUUUAAGAUCUCCACUUGUCUCCUCCACAGCUUCAGUUCUGCUGUGACCUCAGUGGCUACUGCAGAGCUUUGGCUUGGUAGUACCCCAGGCACCCAUAGCCUGCUGACCCAGACAGUCAGACAUAAUUUUAACCUUCUGCUAGCAGAAGGAUCUGCCUACCCACUGGGACAAGUGUGCAUCCCUGGUAGACUGAAUUGGCAGUGGUCAUGGUUCAACUGAGCUCCCUACUGCAAAAAUAGCCACUUAGCUCCUUGUCUUCCGUGGAUGAAGGUGGCUCCCAGGGGCGAUCCGGUGAGCAGUCAGAUCUCUCAAGUCCUUGCCUGGUGUCACAGCAGCCCUAGCUUUGAUACUCCUUCCAUCCAACUCAGCACAGGUUUGACUGCAUCACUGGAAGCAACUUGUGUGUGCUGUUGUGUGUGUGGCUCUGCUUCGGUCUUCCUUCCCUCAGGCCACAGGUAGAAGAGCAAAGUGCUCGUCUCUCUGUAACAGCCAGAUCACCAUGCAGACCCUUAGGAAGGAAAACUACAGCUCAGUAUCCGAGUUUAUCCUCCUUGGUUUCUCCAGUGAGUCACAGAUCAGAGUGGCCCUGUUCAUCUUCUUUCUUCUGCUCUACAUGAUCACCCUCCUGGGCAAUGGCCUCAUUGUCACUCUGAUCUACCUAGACUCUCGCCUCCACACUCCUAUGUACUUCUUUCUCAGUAUCCUCUCUUUGGUAGACAUGAGUUAUGUCACUACCACUGUGCCCCAGAUGCUGGUUAAUAUGGUGUGUCCAAGGAGGACCAUCUCCUGGGGUGCUUGCGUAGCCCAGAUGUUCAUCUUCCUGGUCCUGGGUAUCGCUGAGUGUGUUCUCUAUGCCAUUAUGGCCUACGACAGGUAUGUGGCCAUCUGCUUUCCCCUUCACUACUCUCUACUCAUGAGCCGCCUCGUUUGUAUCAAGAUGAUCACAAUCUGUUGGUCCAUUAGCAUCACUGGUGCUCUGGUCUACACUGUCUUCACCAUGCGUCUGCCCUACUGUGGCCCCUACAAGAUCAACCACUUCUUCUGUGAGGUCCCUGCUGUCCUGAAGUUGGCCUGUGCAGACACAUCCUUCAAUGACCAGUUGGACUUCAUCCUGGGCUUCAUCUUACUUCUGGUCCCUCUCUCUCUCAUCCUGGCUUCCUAUGCCUGCAUUUUUGCCUCCAUCUUAAGAAUCCGUUCAUCCCAGGGGAGGCUCAAGUCCUUCUCUACGUGUGCAUCCCACAUCACUGUGGUCACCAUGUUCUAUGGGCCAGCCAUGAUGAUGUACAUGAGGCCUGGCUCCUGGUAUGACCCAGAGCGGGACAAGAAGCUGGCUCUAUUCUACAAUGUUGUCUCUGCCUUCCUCAACCCCAUCAUCUACAGCCUCCGGAACAAGGAUGUAAAGGGGGCUUUUCUGAAAGUGCUAGGAGACAGAGGGACAGUCCAGUGACCCAGGACAGGAAGACUAGAUGGAGCUCCUUUGGCAUACUAAAGAAAUUGUUUCUGAACCACACGAGUUUCCAACCAGCCAGGAGAGGUUGUGGCCACUCCUAAACAGAAAGUCCCACCAUUGUUUGUUAAGUUUUCAGCUUCCUCCAAGGACUCAGUUAAGUACUGGAGGCAAAACUGGUUGUUUUUGAAAGGCUGUCCUUGGAGUUCAUGGACAUUGCUUUAUUUUUUCCUGGGCUCUCUCCUAACUUCUAGAAGUCCAUGUCAGUUCAGCAUGAGCACAGCCAAGUGUUUAACAGAACACAGGCUUUUCUACAGUAUGAAGGAACUUGGAUUUGAAAAUGACAUGAGGUAGAUUAUGAAGGCACACAGCCCUGGGCUGCUGUUUGAUGAACUCUUUGCCCCUAAUAUUUGGCACUGCUUUUGGUACUAGAUGUCACAAAGUCAAAGCUAGUGUGGUUUUAGAUCCAUCUGUAAAACUGGGGCGACAAAAUGAUCUAAUCUGAGCUCAGUUUGUGAAAAUUACUUUUACUUGGGUGGGUUUAGUUUUGAGAUUUAUUUUUAUUAUUUUUAAAUUUGUCUCUGUGUGUGUGUGUGUGUGUAGGUAUGCCAUAUGAGUGCAGGGGUCUGUAGAGGCCAGAGAUGUCAAAUUCCUUUG